AUGGCAGAAACAAAAAAAUCAAAAAAAUUAACUCAUGAACAAUUAGAAGCUAUUUUAAAUACUGAUCAUAUUUGGACACAUUUAAUUAAUGUUGGCUUAAUCAAUCGCCGUGGGGAUAUUAUCCCGAAAGAUGAAUAUAAACGUCGUUUCAAACGACGACAUACCUCAAAUAAAAAAUUAUAUUAUCCAAUGGUUACAUCGACUAUUAGACAUCCGAAACAAAAUAUUUCAAAUACAAAAGAACAAGAUCGAUCACAACCACCUAAUUAUAGUUCAACUGACCGAAGACUUAAAAGUGCAUCGACCACUCAAUCAAAACAAACAAACAAAACACCACUUUCAACACGUUUUUCAUCGUCAAAUCAAUCAACAUGGAUAGAGAAUGUUCGACUUCGUGAUGCAGUCAGUCCCGUGAUAAUGCCUGCUGAUAAUCGAUGUUUUAUAACAAUGAAAUAUUUUGGCGAAGAAAUCAAUAUUGAUUAUGAUCGUAGUUUAUUUAUACCACAAGAUGAUGAAAUUAUUGUUAUGCAACAACAUUGUGGUGGAGAAAAUCUUAUUGUUUUCAAAGGUUUAUUAAAACCUAAUGAUGAUUUUUCAUUUGAAUCUCGACGACAUCAAGAUUAUCCAUUUGCAUUAGCAUUUUAUAUAAAUGGUGUUAUUAAUAAUCGUCUAUCAGUUUGUUGUGAAUAUAGAUGUAAAGAUGAUAUGCGAAUUGGAGGAAAACGUGGUUUAUUUGCUAUUAGAAAUAUCGAAAAAUGUGCACCAUGUCGAAGAUGUCGAUUUGAACAACGAAUGAAAAAAUUAAUGGAAGGAGAACCAAAACCAAAAACUAGAAGAAAUUAUUAUCAAAAACCAAAUAAAAGUCGUACACCAAGUACUUCUCGUGAAACAAAAUCAAAAUUAACAUCUUCACGUACGGCAAGUCCACAGAAAAAAACAUCCGAUAUAUCCGAUCCUAAAUCAACACAAUCGAAUAAGACGGAUUCUAAAAUAAGUAGUUCACCUAUAUCGAGUCCGAAAUCAACUGAGUCUGAUCAGAAGGAUUAUUCUAAAACAAAUGGAUCGCCUACAUCGAGUCCAAAACCAAUUGAAACUAAUCAUUCAAAAAAAAUUGAAUUUCGUACAUCGAGUCCAGAAUCAAUUAAAUCUGAUGUGUCAAGUUUGGAAGAACGACAUGAAUCACCAUCUCCAACAAGUGGUCGUCCAAGGACUUCGCCAAGUCAUCAACCAAAACCGACUAGUUCACCAAAUCUCUAUGCUGCAGAUUUUGAAGGAACAGAUGAGGAAACACAAUCACCACCUUCAACUUCUCGUGACAAUGAAAAAACUCGAUUACCAUCAUCGGAUACACAUAAUGAUCUCGAUCAUACUUCUACUGUUUCAUCUGAAAAAGAUGAUGAAGAAUCACCAACAAUAAGUGAUGAUUCAAAUUGA